UGCCGGGUGGGAAACGAGAACUAAUUCUGUCAGUCAUGUGAUGUGAGCUGCGGUCAUGUGAUGUGAUCCCCAGCAUGGAUGGCAUCUCACAGCACGGAAGCGGCGUUGGGCUCAUUGCUAAACUGCCUAUAGCCCAGUGCCCGCAGUUCCUGCACAAAGUUAUCGAUGGAGUUUGCGGCCGGGCGCAGCCUCGAUUCCAGGACUAUGGCAGUGUCUGGAAUUUGAGGGAAUGGCUGGAAAUCUUAGAGGAUACAGCUGCUUUUGUUAAAGCAACUAUUGGUAAAGAUGGAACCACAGAAGAGUCUGCUAAUCUGCUGAGUGGAUUAAGUCCAGAGCAUCAAGAGGUGGUUCUAAAGUGUUUGAAGAGUAGAAGACCUGAAAUAAAAGAUGCCCUUACGGAGAAUGUGUGUGCCAUGUCAACCGCAUACUUGCAGGACUUUGAUUGGCAGCUGAAGCUCGCUAUGUCCAGCGAUAAGCUCUCGACUUUACAGAUGCCACUUGUGAAUCUUGACCUGGACAUUGUAGAAAACGGAGCAGUUGCACCAGUCUCCAUUGAGAUGAACAAAGAGGAGCUACAGAAUCUUAUUAACUCUCUAGAGGCAGCUAACAAGGUCGUCUUACAGCUGAAAUGAUUUAAAACCAAUUUUUUGUUAUUUUUUUUUUACCUUUUUGGUGGACAAAGCAAUCUCACCGAGGCCCUGCUGAAGCUACAUUGUCUUGUACUAAAACAACCAUGAAAGUACUAGGACUGUGUUAACACUUGAAUUCAGUGGAUAUAAAAAAAUGGAAUCUGCGCCCUGGUUAGACGGUUGCCGCAGAUUUAUCUCUGUAAAAUCUAAUCAAUUGCUGUGGGAGGGGGGGUGGCAACUAUCAUAAGUAACAUUGGUACAACAAAGUUCUUAGGGGGAGCUUCAAUUCCAAGCAAUAACCACCUGGUUUGUCCUGGAAUGGUCCGGUAAAAAGCUUUUUGUGACCAGUGACAUUGAUAAUUUCCCUCGCACACUGUAGAGGUGUUCAAGAAAUGUAUAUAUGUUGGGCUACAAUAUACUACCAUGAUGUACGCAGCCAAAACAUUGCCACAAAGAACUGACCCCCACCGUAUUUCCAUUCAUCUUAUGAUGCAUUUUACAUUUUAACAUUUCUUUCUAAUAAUGUAUAUAUUUGUUAUUGUUCAAACCCAAUUUAGAAUUUGAUUUGAGACGUUUCUUAGAAUUCUGAGCAAACCGUAUAGGGAUACUGAAUGUGAUAUGUAUUUAAAAUACAUUGUGUGAUCAUGGCAGUAGAAUUCUUAAAUACAUUCCAGUAUCCCUGUGUUGUGUAUUGUAAGUGGGAGUGAAAUUAAACUAAUAUUUUGGGGGAUAUUCAAAUGUUUGAAAAGUCAGUUGGGAGUCUGUUUUUUCCUAUCUAAUAGACAGGAAAAAACAGACACACAACCGACUUUUCAAACAUUUGAAUUCCACCCUUUGAAUGUUCUAUGGCCCUCAUUCCGAGUUGAUCGCUCGUUGCCGAUUUUCGCAACGCAGCGAUCAUGUAAAAAAACGGCAAAACUGCGCAUGCGUACGGGCCGCAGUGCGCAUGCGUGACGUACUUUCACACAAAAGUAUGUUGUUUUACACAAGGUCUAGUGACUCUCUCUUUCGUCGCUCUGUUGAUCGGUGAGUGAUUGACAGGAAGUGGGAGUUUCUGGGUGGUAACUGACCGUUUUCCGGGAGUGUGCUAAAAAAUUCAAGCGUGUCAGGGAAAAACGCAGGCGUCCCUGGGGAAACGGGGGAGUGGCUGGCCGAACGCAGGGCGUGUUUGUGACGUCAAAGCAAGAACUAAACAGACAAGUGAUCGCAAGGAAGGAGUAGGUCUGAACCCACUCUGAAACUGCAUGAAAAAAUGUCUGCACUGUUCUGCUAACCUUUCGGUCGCACUUCUGCUAAGCUUAUAUACACUCCCAGAGGGCGGCGGUUUAGCGUUUGCACUGCUGCUAAAAUCAGCUAGCGAGCGAUCAACUCGGAAUGAGGGCCAAUGUCUCCAUGUUUGUGGUAAGCUGGCGGGUGGGGGUGCAGAAUGUUUCUUCUGAAACUGUUGUGGGUUUCUAAGUACCCAUAAAUAGCACAUUACAUGUAUUAAAACCAGCGAUGUAAAAAAGCAUACACACUACAGUGCAAAUGGUAAAAUACUGUAGAUGUAGUUUAUUCCUGUUUUCCCUAGAGUCGUUUUGAGAAGAGUGUCGGGGGAGUAAUGAACUGUGUGGUCCUUUUUACUGCAUAAAAUCCAUGAAAAAAAUAUUAAAUUGAAUACCCUUUUGUACAGCAAGUUAAUAAAUUGAUGUUGUGUACAAAAGUAUUUUAAUAUGGCGUGUGUUUUGGUUUCCUGACACCUUUGUUCUAGCAGUCUGUAACCAUGUUGCAAUUUACCAAAGUCAGAAAAUAAAAGGUUGUUACCUGCAACUGUUUCAACUAGCAAUGUAAAUUGCCACCAGGGUACUACAAAGGGAAAUUGCUUUCUGUCUAUGUGUUUUGUCUAAUAGAGUUCCAAUUAUAAACGUGUCAGAACUAUUAAACUGAAUGAUUAAAUGGCUAACUGCAUAGCAUAUGUUCAAUAAAUGUUAAAUUAACUGAAA